AUGCUCGAGGCGAAGAACGAUGAGCCGGGUGUGCUGGUGGCAGCCCUGGAGGCUUCAAAGGAGCAGCUGGAGCAGCAAUCCGGAGCUCCAACGGUGGCAAGCCCAUGCCGGCCAAUCCCAUGCCGCGCCGGGGGGGCGGAGGAGUUGAGCGAGGGGGCCUGCGGGGCAUCGGAUGCCGAGACUCUGGACCCGUCCCGCCUCAUUCUGCCCGGUCUGCUGCACCACCUUACCUUGGAUGAGAUUCUGGCGUGGCGCGUGACAUCGCGGGAAACCCGAAGUGCCAGAGUCUUGCUACAGCACGUUGCCGAAAUGGGUCGGUUGGACAGGUCCGAGUCCAUUCUGGAUUUUGCUGACAAGAUCAGACGGGCUUGUCAAUCUCCUGGCGCCGUCUAUGUGGAAGCGCGUGAUGUCGAGGAUAUGAAGUACUUUGAAUGCCGGUGGUGGUGCACGAAGCUGGCGAGCGCAAUAAAGAAACCUUUCGCAGAGACUGAUGUGCGUCACAUCGUCGGCUCAAACCUUCGAUACCUGCUUGGGCAGUGUCGCAGUGCAGAUGCCUUGGUGAGGAAGUCCGCGCACUACAUUCUUCGCCAUCACGGGAGCGGUGGACUCCCUGCUGUGAAGCAACUGAUUGCGGAAGCCAUGCUUUGCCUGAUGGAAAACCUCCUGCCAGAGUCCGGGAAAAUCAGUGGCGAGGCCUCCAAGCAGUUUGUUCUGUGCACGCAGCAUCUUGGAGACGUGCUGCGCGCUCUGGAGAAACCGCAGCGUCAGCGGUGGGCGUCUUUGCUGGUCAGAUUCAUCCAUGAACAGCAGAAAUGCCACAAGGAGCUCAUCCACAGCCUGAAGCUCCUUUGGAGAGCUGAUGACGAUCCCAACCGAAGCUACCCAGAAGCAGAGCAGCACCUCUGGGCUUUCGCAGAGACCGCCAGCACAGACGUGCGCGGGGAAUUUGCUGAUCUCCUUGUGCGUUGCUGA